AUGGCCUUGAACAUGACUCAGAUUGGCAGUCUCGUCGGAACACCGAUACCGAUUGAAUCAACAUCAACAGAGCCAACAACAGCUUCCAUGAACGCAGCAGCAGUAUGGAAAACACCAGCAACGAAUCUACGUUGUCAAGUAACUCGAUCAGAAGUUAUAGAAAACGGAUUAUCACCACCUAUGAGUCCAUGUAGAUCACCGGUACUAAGCGGUACCGGAAUCAGACCAGAUCUGACAUCGGCUGCUCAAGCAUUUACCACUGAGGUGGAGAACGAAUAUGUAUCGGGAGGGAAGACGAAGAAAGAGAAGAGUGGAGUCCCGGUGUAUGUGAUGAUGCCGUUAGAUAGUGUGACGAUGGGGAAUGGUGUGAAUAGGAAGAAGGCGGUGAAUGCGGCGAUGGCGGCGUUGAAGAGUGCUGGAGUGGAAGGAGUGAUGAUGGAUGUGUGGUGGGGAUUGGUGGAGAGGGAGAAGCCAGGAGAGUAUAAUUGGGGUGGGUAUAUGGAGCUUAUGGAAAUGGCGAAGAAACAUGGGCUUAAAGUUCAGGCGGUUAUGUCUUUUCAUCAAUGUGGUGGUAACGUCGGUGAUUCCGUCACUAUUCCUUUGCCUAAAUGGGCUGUAGAAGAGAUGGAGAAAGAUCCUGAUCUUGCAUAUACUGAUCAAUGGGGAAGAAGAAAUUUUGAAUAUUUGUCACUUGGAUGUGAUACUUUGCCAGUACUCAAAGGCAGAAGUCCAGUUCAAUGUUAUGCUGAUUUCAUGCGUGCUUUUAGAGACAAUUUCAAGCACCUUCUUGGUGACACCAUUGUGGAAAUACAAGUUGGAAUGGGACCAGCUGGUGAGUUACGUUACCCAUCGUACCCAGAGCAAAAUGGAACAUGGAAAUUCCCAGGAAUUGGUGCUUUCCAAUGCUAUGAUAAGUAUAUGUUGAGUAGCUUACAAGCUGCAGCUGAUGCUGCAAAUAAGUCAGAAUGGGGAAGCACCGGACCCACCGAUGCAGGCGAGUACAACAACUGGCCAGAAGACACUAACUUUUUCCGCAAAGAAGGCGGAGGCUGGGACAGCGAAUACGGUGAAUUUUUCCUCACAUGGUAUUCUCAAAUGCUGUUGAACCAUGGUGAGAGGAUUCUCACAUCAGCUAAAUCAAUCUUUGAUAACACUGGUGUUAAGAUAUCAGUGAAAGUUGCCGGUAUUCAUUGGCACUACGGUACAAGAUCUCAUGCUCCGGAGUUAACAGCAGGUUACUACAACACCCGUAACCGUGAUGGCUACCUUCCAAUCGCUCAAAUGUUUGCAAGACACGAUGCUAUUUUCAAUUUCACGUGUAUUGAGAUGCGUGAUCACGAGCAGCCUCAGGAUGCACAAUGUUUACCCGAGAAGCUCGUGAAUCAAGUGGCUUUGGCUACACAAAAGGCACAAGUUCAUCUUGCCGGUGAAAAUGCAUUGCCCCGGUACGAUGAACAUGCACACGAACAGAUAUUGAAGGCAUCCGCGUUGAAUAUCGAGGGUAGCUCGGAUGAGACAGAGAUGUGUGCAUUCACAUACCUUAGGAUGAACCAAGAUUUGUUUCAACCUGAUAAUUGGAGAAAGUUUGUUGCAUUUGUGAAGAAGAUGAAAGAAGGGAAAAGUGCCAAUAAGUGUUGGGAGCAAGUGGAGAGGGAAGCUGAACAUUUUGUGCAUGUUACACAGCCUCUUGUGCAAGAAGCUGUUGCUAUGAUGCACUAAGAAUUGUAUGUAUGACAUAUAGGGCAUAGGAAACUGUCACAAGUAGGUGGUGAAAGUUUUAGCUAACCAUCAGCCUAAUUUUGUGCUUAAAGACUGUAUAAAUUUGUAUCUGUAUCGUUGUUGUACUUUACUUCAUUUUGGUGCUUGCACCUAAAACUUCUAUUUGUUACUCUUUAUAAUUAAACACACUUAUAUGGUAUAGAAUUUUGUUUGUUUUUCAUAA